AUGGUUAUUAAAACCGAUUCCAAUCCGUAUUGUCUUGUUGUCGAUGGUACAAUUAUAAAUUGUGAAGAUAAUUCAAUCAAGCGUGAAGCGAUAGACGCAUUAUUAAAUGCAGUUGAUUAUGACGAUAUAGGUAGUAUAAAAAAACAAUUAUCACAAGUUAAAGCAAUGGUUGAAUUACAAUUAAAUCAUCCAAGAUUAUUUAAAAAAUUUGGUGUGAAACCACAACGUGAUAUUAUUCUCUGUGGACCACCAAGCACGGGCAAAACAUUAAUUGCUCGUGCAGUAGCUAAUGAAACUGGUUCCAAAUUCAUUUUAAUUAAUAUACCAGACAUUAACUCUCAAUUAGCUGAUGAUUCAGAAUUAAAUCCAAGUAAUUUACUCGAGGAAGCCAAAAAAAAUUCUCGAACUAUUAUCUUCAUUGAUGAAAUUGAUGCUAUUGCACCAAAACGUGAAAAAACACAUGGUGAAGCCGAACCUCCUAUUGUUUCACAACUAUUAAAAUUGAUGGAUCGUCUUAAACAAUGUUCAAAUGUUAUUGUUAUGGCGGCAACAAAUCGACCAAAUUCAAUUGAUCCAGCACUUCGUUGUUUUGAUCGUAAAGUUUAUAUUGGCAUACCUGAUGCUAUUAGUCGAUUCGAAAUUCUUAGUGUCCUUACAAAAAACAUGAAAUUAGGUAGUGACGUUGAUUUUAGAGAAAUCGCUAAUGAAACAAACGGUUACGUCGGUGCCGACUUAGCAAAAUUAUGUUCAAAAUCGGUUUUUGAACAAUAUCGAGAAAAAAUGGAUGUUAUCGAUUUAAAAGAAGAUACAGUUGAUGCUGAAAUACCUGAUUCAUUAGCUGUGAGCCAAAAUAGCUUUCAAUAUGCACUUAAUGAAACAUAUCCAUCAGUAUUAUAUGAAACAGUUCUUGAAUUUACAACAACAAGAUGGAAAGAUAUUGGUGGUUUAGAAAGUGUUAAAGGUGAAGUAAAAGGACUUGCUCAAUAUCAACUCAAUGAAUACGAAGAAUUUCGUAAAUUUGGUAUGACACCCUCACGUUGCGUCCUUUUAUAUGGACUACCUGGUUGUGGUAAAACAUUAUUAGCAAAAGCGACUGCUUAUGAAUGCCAGGUAAAUUUUAUGUCAAUCAAAUGUUCAAAAUUAUUAGCUAUGUCGCUUGUUGAAUCUGAAGCCAAUUUACGCGAUAUAUUUGACAAAGUUCAUCAAGCAGCACCGUGUGUGCUCUUCUUUGAUGAAUUAGAUUCAAUUGCUUGUUCUUGUGAUGCUGGCGAUGGUAGUGGUCGUUUCGAUAAAUUAAGUCAUGUUCCAUUGCCUAACCACGUAUCACGUGUAGCGAUUUUAAAAGCUGUUUUAAGAAAAUCACCUGAAGCAACAAAUGGUGAUUUGAAUUACGUGGCUGGUGCAACCGACAAAUUCACCGGUGCUGAUUUAGCCAAAAUUUGUCAACGUGCUUGUACUUUAGCAAUCGAAGAAUUUGUUCGAAAAAAAAUUCAAUUUGAAAUAAAAGAAGAAAAUGGUGAACUCGGUCUAGUAGCGUCAAUUUUUCAUCAGAACUUUGUAGAUACUAUGUGCGGUGCUCGAACAUCAAUUAAUGAGUCUGAAAUUCAUAAAUAUCAAUUGUUUUUCGGUACACAAGACAUACGUACUUUAGAACGAUCACUUCAAAUAUUACGCAAUGCUGGUGGUGGUCAAGGUGGAUAUUAUCGUUGA